AUGCGGGACAAGCAGCCGGGACAACAGGCGCGGCUGGAGAAAACCAGCAAAAUAUACAAACUGUCUCCGUACUUGGACGAAGCAGGUGUUAUUCGUUCUGAUGGAAGGAUAUCUGCUGCGACCGUCGCCGCGUCUGACACUAAGUUUCCAGUAAUAUUGCCGAAAGCCCAUCCAGUGACUAGACUGCUGGUUGAAUGGUACCACCAACGAUUUCUUCACGCCAAUGGCGAGACUGUCGUGAACGAAGUGAGACAGCGUUUCCACAUAUCGCAGCUGCGCCCGUUCGUGCGUAAGGUGACUAAAGAGUGCGCCUUGUGUAAAGUCAAGAAGCCAGGUCUGGCGACACCCCGAAUGGCUCCACUCCCGGCGGCCAGGUUGCAGGCGUACGUACGUCCAUUUUCCUACGUAGGCGUCGACUAUUUCGGACCGAUCGGCGUGCGGGUGAACCGAAGUAUUGCAAAACGAUGGGUAGCUCUGUUCACGUGUAUGACCACACGAGCAAUCCAUCUCAAAGUCGCUCACACACUUUCAACGGAAUCUUGCAAGAUGGCGAUCAGGCGUUUCAUCGGACGCAGAGGAGCACCUGUGGAGAUCCGCAGCGACAGGGGCACAAAUUUCGUGGGAUCGAGCAACGAACUUAAGCAGGAGAUGGGCAUAAUCGAGCGCCAGCUUGCCGAAACGUUCACCAACGCGAACACGAAAUGGGUGUUUAACCCACCUGGAUCACCUCACAUGGGUGGCGCCUGGGAGCGUCUAGUGCGGUCGGUGAAAACCGCUCUUGCUGCAAUGGAGUCCUCUCGAACGCCGAACGAAGAAACGCUGGCAACGUUGCUAGUGGAAGCUGAGAGUGUGGUCGAUUCGAGACCGCUAACAUAUAUUCCUCUGGAGACGGCGCAACAGGAGGCUCUAACACCGAACCACUUUCUUCUAAUGAACUCGAGCGGCGUAACGCAGACUCCGAAGACGCUUACGGAUCCAAGACAACCCUGCAGGAACGACUGGAAUCUAUGCCGUACAAUGGUAGAUCAGUUUUGGCGCCGGUGGGUGCGAGAAUAUCUUCCUACCAUCGCACGUCGUACCAAGUGGUUUGAGGAGACGAAACCGAUCGAGGUAGGAGAUUCGGUGAUCAUCGUGGAGGAGAAGAUAAGCAACGGAUGGAUUCGAGGACGUGUAGCCAAGGUCGUGGUGGGCCGAGAUGGGUGA